UGCUGCCUGCAGCUUCAAUGGAGUAAAAUCCAUGAAACGGUUUGAUGCUCAGGUGGGAACGUCUGGUAAUCUCCCCUUCAGCAAAACGAUCCAAUGCGCAUGCGUGGACCAUUCGCUCACUGGAGGAGUUGCUAACAACUAGCUAGCGAAUCCUGCUGAAAUGGAGAGGAAAGUUCUGGCACUCCAGGCAAGGAAAAAGAGGGCAAAAGCAAAAAAGACCAGCAAAAAGCAACCAGCCAAUCCCCGAGCUCGACAGCAGCCCCAGCAAGAAGCGUCGCCUCAGGAACCCGAGGAACCUGAGGAAAUUCUUGGCUCUGAUGAUGAAGAGCAGGAGGACCCCAACGACUACUGCAAAGGUGGCUACCACCACGUGAAAGUUGGAGACCUUUAUAAUGGGAAAUACCAUGUAAUCCGUAAACUGGGCUGGGGACACUUCUCUACUGUGUGGCUCGCCUGGGACAUCCAGGCGAAGAGGUUUGUUGCAAUGAAAGUGGUAAAGAGUGCAGAGCACUACACAGAGACGGCAGUGGAUGAGAUCAAGCUCCUUAGAUCUGUUAGAAACUCUGACCCUGUUGAUCCCAACCGUGAGAUGGUGGUCCAGAUGUUAGAUGACUUUAAAAUCUCUGGUGUGAAUGGAACACAUGUUUGCAUGGUGUUUGAGGUGUUGGGACAUCACUUAUUGAAAUGGAUAAUAAAGUCCAAUUACCAAGGAUUGCCCUUGCCUUGUGUGAAAAGCAUCAUAAGACAGGUUCUUCAAGGCCUGGACUACCUGCACACUAAGUGUCAGAUCAUCCACACAGACAUCAAACCAGAGAAUAUCCUCAUGAGCGUUGAUGAGCCUUAUGUCCGAAAGCUUGCAGCUGAAGCCACAGAGUGGCAGCGGGCUGGUGCACCUCCUCCCUCUGGUUCCGCGAUAAGCACAGCACCAGCUCCAAAACAGACUGUGAAAAUGUCCAAGAAUAAGAAGAAGAAGUUAAAAAAGAAGCAAAAGCGUCAGGCAGAGCUGCUGGAAAAAUGCAUCAUGGACCUAGAAGAGAUGGAAAAAACUACAGAAACAAGAGAGGAUGAUGAAGAUGAUGAAGACCCACAGUCUCCAAAGGGACGGGCCUGUGCUCCCCUCAGACAGGUGUCUUUUCAAGAGAUCGGAAACGAGGAAACAACAGAGAGCAAUAUAAAUGCAGAACACAUGAAGAUGGGACCAGAUGAGCCGUCACAGGUCAACUGUAAUGGCCAUGUGGAGGUGGAGCAAAGGCAGCCCCAGUGGAGGACUGAAGACCAACACAAUGGCAACACAGAAUCUCCAGAGGAGCAGCACAAGGAGUCCCCUGUCCACCCAGUGUGUAAUGGUGUGGGCUCUACAGAUCUCAGUGAGCUGUACAAUGAAAUUGAGGACAGGGGUGCUCACAGCAGGGUAGCUACUGAGAAGCAUCUUCCUGCCCGGCUGGAGGAGGGAGAGGUGGAACAAAGCAUUUUGCAGGACGAGGGAGAGGACGAGACUGACUGUCAUUACAGAACCCAGGAAAGCCUGAGAAAUGGCAAGUUAACAGCGGGAUCCCUCCUAGUUAACCCUCUUGAGCCAGGCAAUGCAGACAAGAUCAAGGUUAAGAUUGCAGAUUUGGGAAAUGCCUGCUGGGUGCACAAGCACUUUACAGAAGACAUCCAGACACGACAGUACCGGUCUUUAGAAGUUCUCAUUGGUUCUGGAUACAGCACGCCAGCUGAUAUAUGGAGCACAGCUUGUAUGGCCUUUGAGCUUGCCACAGGGGACUACUUGUUUGAACCACAUUCUGGGGAAGAUUAUUCGAGGGAUGAAGACCAUCUUGCUCUCAUGAUUGAAUUGCUUGGUAAAAUCCCUCGCCACUAUGCGCUGAGUGGGAAAUACUCACAGGAAUACUUCACCAAGAGAGAUCAUAUAGCACUGAUCAUUGAGCUGCUGGGGAGUGUCCCACGCAAACUCAUAAUGACCGGCAAAUAUUCCAAGGAUUUUUUCACCAAGAAAGGAGACUUAAAACACAUCACAAAGCUGAAGCCCUGGGGCCUGCUGGAGGUGCUGAUUGACAAAUAUGAGUGGUCCUGUGAGGAAGCUGAAUCCUUCACUGACUUCCUUCUUCCAAUGCUGGAGCUAAUCCCUGAGAAAAGAGCCACGGCUGCAGAUUGCUUGCGCCACCCCUGGCUUGCCCUCUAGUGGAGACCUCCAGCCCUUCCUACCCACUUCCUCGAGAGACUGCAACAGAUCACUUUCCACUUUGGGCAUAUCGGAUGAAUAUUUAUUUCUCUUUUUGUUUCGUUGUUUUGGAUUUCUUAUGUUCUUGGUAUUAAGCUAUUGCUUCUCCAUGUUUGCUUUAUAUUUGUUGGUUCUUCUCUUGGUGUGAUGACUUCAGGAAUCAAGUGGAUUUUAUUACUUUAUGGUCACAUUGGCUCCAGCUGCUGUGCUCGAUUCAGCCACCAAGCAAACCUGUCAUUGUACUGCUAGUGACUCAUCCUUGUUUGUUACACUCCUGCACUAAAACUCAAACAAAUUAAGGAUAUGUAGCCUUUCAUUUUUGUCCCCUUUAAAAGGACUUUUUUGUCGUACAUUUUCAUUAGUGCUGUGUUCCUUUUUAUAAUUAUUUCAUCUUAUAUCACACAUGAUCAGUAUACAUUUUGUAUUUGUAAAGUAAGCUUAGGAAGUUGCACACUGGGCUGACAUUUACACUGACUGUGGUAACAUUAAUAGCAUUUCUCCAUGCAGGCUUUGUAGCAGGGCUACUUAGUUCGGUCCCAUGAGGGCUGUGGCCCUGUAGAUUUUGCAUGUAUCCCUGAUUCAACACACCUGUCUCAAAUUAAUGAGUCAUGCAGAGCUUGAUAGGCUGUUAGAUCCAUUUUAAUUUGAUUCAGGUGUGUUGAAGCAGGAAUACAUUGAAAACCUGCCAGAUUGCAGCCCUUGUUGGACUGAAUUGAGUAGCCCUGACUUAUAAAGUUCUGCACAAUGACUCAUUCAUUUGAAUAAGUUGUGUCAGACCAGGUAGACAUUAAAAACCUGCAGGGCUGCGGCCCUCGUGGGACCGAACUGAGUAACCCUGCUUUAUAGUCUUACUGGCACUGUCUGAUAAGUAGGUCAUUUUUUUUUUUUUUUAGAAAUAAAAAAUCCAUUGUCACCUGGUAUUUAGUGGGUAGUUAAUAAAUGAGUUUUUGUUCUCAUGGGAGGCUGGCAUUCUCAUACACUUAUCACAAUUCAGGUAUGUAGUGUUGAAAGGUUUCAACAAGACAAAAUGUUAAGUCCAACUUAAAAGGAAAAAAGUGAAAAUAAACUGUAUAUAUCUGUACCAAAGAGUUUGCCUUUAUGUAUAUUACAGUUAUGUACAGUUUUUAACAAAUAUUAUAUCGUAGCUAAAAUUAUUUAGCUGGGUAGUUGGGUUUUAAUAAAAUGUAUGGAAGAUGUUUGAA